AGUCUAAGCAGAGGAAGUGAGCUGCAGAGUUCAAGAGCCGCAGUAUGGAGAUCAAAACCGUCUUAAUUAUUCACACUCUGAUGUUGAUCGUAGGAGGCAUAAGAAAAUGUCUGGCAACAGAGCGUCUUCUAGUGGCAGAAGGAGAAACGCUAGUAUUGAGAUGCUCUCGAAAAAACUUAAGUGAUAAUGGACACAUGGAGUGGAGGAAUCCACAAGGCCUUCUUUUGUUCUUCAACAAUGUAAAAGGUCUAAGAGACUCAAGGAGCAGUAUUUCUAAUAUAAACAGCUCUGAAUAUACAUUACACAUUGCUAAUGUUACCUUUAAAGAUGAAGGGAUUUACAAAUGUCUACUGUAUGAAAAUGAAGUCGUUCCAAAAACAUUUAAAGUAAAAGUAUUCGGAAUUCCAAAAAUAGAAAUGGCAGAGGAUAAAGAUAAAACAACCAUCAAGUGUUCAGCGGCAGCGAAUGGCCCCCCACCUGAACUCUCAUGGAAAAUCAGUGGGGUUGAAAUCGAAGCUCUACCCAAUACCUUACGGGAGGAAAGAUCCAACAGGUCACUGGCAGUUAGCCUCUUAACAGUCAAAACUCAUAUCAGGAAAGCAACGGUGAUGUGCCUGGCAAAACAUACAGCUCUCCCAAGAAAACUGAUGAGUGUCAUCAUUAUUGAAAAUCACUCUGUUACAGCCUCCACGACAAGUUACUCCAGUACUAGAGAUGAGCUAAAAACUGACCUAAUGAUCACAACCACUUCUGCUCCUGUGUUUAGCGGUACAGCACACGUGGAACUGUCGUCAAUUUCAGAAAGUACUGAAGUGUUCCCAACAAGAGACAGCACUACCUCAAACACCAUACAAGUAGAGGAAUAUUCCACAGCAACAAAUAUAAGCUUGACAACACACAACAUAAACUCUUCAAGCUCACCUGUUGAAUCCCUGACCACAAAUGACACCGGCUCACAAGUUUUUGAUGAACAACAAGGUCUGAAUGAAGGCUCACCACUGUUGAUCCUGCUGGUCACAAGCCUUGUCAUAUGUUUGCUUACUGUAGUCUCCUUCUUAUUGUUCAGAAUGCGAAAGGCACAAUUAGCCUGGAAAAAAGAGAAUGAAGAAUCAAACCAGUCUGUGGAAAGCAGCAUAUCAAAAUACAGUCAUGAAGAAAAGCAGUCCCAGGAAGGGAGUAAAUCAGGCUUUUGGAACUCAAAUUUCACAGAAUACAAAUUGGAAGAACCGCCACAGAAUACAGCAAAUUCAGUAGCUACAGUUGAUGUGAUCUCUGAAACACAAGACAGCUCAACAGCAGCUUGUAACAAACUUGACCUAGCUUGUAUCAAGGAGACUGAACUUUAGAGGAACAUUCAGCAGGUUCUGAAUCCUCAUAAGAGACUGAACUGAUUUUGCAGUUCUGUUAUGAACAAUGGUGCUCACUAAAAGAUGAUGAAUAUAGCUACCAAUUUUUGUAUAUACAGUUUUUACACAUCAGUCACUGCUGGUUUACAUUUUUUUUUACUGAUUGUAAAAAGGAGUUUUUUAUGUGUGCUUUAUUGCAAUGUGUUUACAGUUUAAUAACUUUGAAGUGUUCCCUUGAUAAUAUCAUUAUAUCACAAAUGUGUCUUUUUAACCUGAAAUUGUUGCUGCUUGCCCUUUUUUGCCUACUGAUAUUCAAAAGUCAUUGUGCCUUUUAUA